AUGUUCACUUCAAAACCUUUCCCGGUUUCAAAUCCAACAGCUUCAUUUUGGCAUUCAGAGAACGAUGAAUUUAUUCACACUCGCACAACCGAUGAGCUCCCUACAGAAACAGAUGUGCUUAUUGUUGGUGCAGGGUACGCUGGGGCUGCAUCCGCAUACUGGCUUUACAAACAGUGUCAAACUCAUCCUUUAGAUGUUUUAAUGCUAGAAGCUAGAACAGUAUGUUCAGGAGCAACAGGAAGAAAUGGAGGACAUCUGAAACCUGACUACUACCGCGAAUAUCUGAAGUUCGAGAGACUUUAUGGACAAAAAGGUGCUGCAGAGAUUGGUAACUUUGAGCACAAGCAUAUAUCCGCAGUUAAGAACGUGGUUGAGGAUCUCCAAAUUGAUUGUGAUCUGGUUAUCACAAGAGCAUGCAAUGUCCAUCUUACUGAGGGUGCAGUGGAUGGAUGUAUCAAAGCAGUGGAGGCUCUGAGAAAGAAUCCGUAUUCCAAUGUAUUGGACGACAUUCAAGUUCUUGAAGGGGACAAUGCAAGAGUGGUUUCUCAGUUUCCGAAGUCACCACUUGCACUAACUUUCACUGCGGGACAUUUAUGGCCAUACAAGUUUGUGAAAGGCUUGCUUAAAUUUUGCUUAGAUAAGGGGCUCAACUUGCAAACAAAUACAUGUGUUGAAAACAUAGAGACUCUUGAAGAUGGUUCUUAUUUGAUAAAAACGAAAAGAGGCAAUGUUAAGGCAAACAAAGUUAUCCUGGCAACAAAUGCUUACACAUCAGCUAUAGCUCCUGAAUUUGACGACAAGAUUGUUCCUGUUAAGGGAACAUGUUCUCAUAUCAAAUUCACUGCAGACAACGAGUAUACUCCAUAUUUGAACAAUACCUAUGGUAUAUGCCGAGACUUCUCUGAGCACGAAUACUUGAUCAAUAGGGCCGAUGGUUCUAUCAUUGUUGGUGGAGCUAAACCAUUCUAUCUUAAAGACAAGGAUUCUUGGUAUAAGAAUGUCGAUGAUGCCAGUCUUUUCAACGCAGAUAUAAGAGGAUGGUACGAGACUUUUAUGCAGGAAAAUUUUAGCAGUUGGAAGGGAACUAAGACGGAAGUGGACUAUUUAUGGACAGGAAUUUUAGGUUACUCUGUUGAUGCUCUUCCGUGGGUUGGAGAAAUCCCACAUCAGAAGAAUAAGUACAUUCUGGCAGGCUUCCAUGGACACGGUAUGCCACGGGUAUUUUUGUCAGCUAAAGCCAUAUCGGAAAUGAUCUUAGGCGGAGUGGGAGUCGAGAGUACAGGCUUGCCCCAAUCGUUUAUGCUGACCGAAGAUCGUUUGAAAAAGGCUAGAAACAAUAUCCUCCAGGAGACAGGAUAUUACAAGUAUCAGACUAAGCUCUAA